CCGCACUCCCCCCUCAAAGAGACAGCUGGGCAUGGAGCAAACUGCCAGCAAUAAAACAGUGAUUGUGCCAGCCCAGCGCCUGACACCAGCCUUCCCUCCGGCAGUCAAGCUGGGGCUCACAGCACUAUAUACAGCCCUGUAUGCUCUACUCUUUCUCUCAGUCUAUGCCCAGCUGUGGCUGGUGCUACUCUACCGGCACAAGAAGCUCAGCUAUCAGACCGUUUUCCUCUUCCUCUGCCUGCUCUGGGCCACCCUCCGUACCACACUCUUCUCCUUCUACUUCAAGAACACUCUCAAGGCCAACCAGCUGGGCCCUUUCCUCUACUGGCUGCUCUACUGCUGCCCCGUCUGCCUCCAGUUCUUCACUUUGACACUCAUGAACCUCUACUUUGCCCAGGUGGUGUUCAAGGCUAAAGCUAAGUACCACCCGAACAUGACCAAAGGCCUGCUGGCUGUGCGUGGGGCUUGCCUGGGCACCAGCCUGCUCUUCCUGACCGUGAACGUGGCCUGUGCCUUCGUGGUACGGAUGGGGCAGGCUGAGCCCUGGGCCGUGGUGCUAACCCGAGUCCUCAUCAACGAUUCGCUCUUUGUGCUGGGGGCUGUCACUCUGGCGCUCUGCCUCUGCCUUGUGGCUCGUGGCUCACCAAGCACCAGCCUUUACCUGCAGGCCAAGGGCACCACCGUGUGCCAGACAGCAGCCAUUGGUGGCACCAUGGUGCUGCUGCAUGCCAGCCGUGCGUGCUAUAACCUAGUGGCCCUGGCGUUGAGCUCCCACACCCGGCUGGACUCCUUCGACUACGACUGGUACAAUGUCUCAGACCAGGCGGAUCUGAUCACUGACCUGGGGGACCAAGGAUAUCUGGUCUUUGGCCUCAUCCUCUUUGUGUGGGAGCUGCUGCCAACUGCCCUGCUGGUGGGCUUCUUCCGGGUCCACCGCCCUCCCCAGGACCUGAGUGCUGGCCACAUCAUCAAUGGUCAGCUUGGGGGCUCCCGGUCCUACUUCUUUGACCAUCCUGGGCAGUAUGAGAACGACGGGCCCCCCCGGAGGAAGGGCAGCAGCCUGGCAGGCCGACUGGGCAGCAGCAGCUGGUAUGGAGCCAUUGGCCGGACUGGGAGGGAUCCAGACUGGCUGGGGGGGCAGCCCCCCACUACCCCACUGCUCUUCUCCCAGGUCACUGUGCAGGCCAGCCACCAUCACAGCCUCUACUCCACCCCGCAGACCUAGGUGCGCACGCCCCCGUGCGUCACAGGAGGACGCUGGUGAAAUGGGGGCAUGAGGACACGAGGGUGCCAAGGGCGGGGGGAUGAGUUCUGAGUGCGGGAAGUGGAUGGGACCCAACUCUGUGCCCCUCCAUCUGAACACCCUCCAAACACACAGUGCCCCCCUCCCCCAUUAUAUGGGAAUAGCUCUGUCUUCUGAGGGUCCAGGCCAGUUUGGGCAGGAAUCCCAGUGUUGACCUGUGGGUCCAAGGAAGAAUGGACUGUCUCUUCCCCUUGCCACUGGAUGUGCUGGAGCAUUGCAUGCUGGGAGUUCCCCCUCUGGAUUCAUGCCUGCUGUAGAACCAUCCCGGUGGGGGUUGCACGCUCAGAUGCCAGUUGGUCCCCUCCGACGCACGCCAGCUCCUGGCUCCUCCCCGAGUCUCCCCAGCGCUACCCUCCCACCCUAAGGCUUUGGUGCUGUCUUGUCACUCUGUCCCAGCCUCAAUAAAAGGUUUGUGUUUGUGGCA